AAUAUUAUUAAAAAGCUAUUAAAAAAGUUACUAAAUCGAAUUCAAAUAAUAGCGCAAUAAUUUAGACUAUACUAUUAUAUACUAUUAUAAAGCUUAAUUCUCUUGUGGCGAAUUUUUGUAGAAGAAAUUAUGUGAUGUGACACUUAGUUUUAGAAAAAGCUUAGCUAUAUAUUACAUCUUUUCUUAAUUAGUAGCAUUGUCAAUGGAAGUAAUAUGAUAUUUAUGUAUUCUUUUCCUGUGGAAAUUUGUUGCAGAGAAAUUAAAUUAUUUUAGAGGAUAUAAUAUAUCGUAUUUGUUCGUCUUUUUAUCUAAUCAUUUUCUCGUGUAUAAUAAUUUAGUGUUUAGUGUUUGAAGAAUUAAAAAAGAAUUAAAAUGAUUAUAAUAAAAUAAAAAAAAAUAAAUUUAAAUUGAAUUAAACUUUUUUUUAAAUAAAUUAAGAAUAUAAUAAACUAAAUUAUUUAUGUAUAAAUUUGAUAUAUCAUAGAAAUGAAUAUUAGAGAAAGUACAGGAUUUUAUGAUCUAUGCAUAAACGUACCAAAAAAUGAAAUACAAAAUUUAUAUCUUAUUUUAUUAAAAUUAUAUGAAUAUGGAUUUAAAACAAUUGCAAUAAAUACUGAUAUAGAUGAAAGUGUUCUUGGAACAGAUAAGAAAAAAAAAAAGAAAAGUAGUGAUAGUGAAAUAUCACAGAAUAUUAUUUUCAAAACAAUUGACAUAGAAAAUAUAAGAAAAAAAUUUGAUGGAAAAUUAAAAAUUUUUAAUCGAAUUACUUUUUUUUGUUCUGAUUUUACUAAAACACAUAUAUUAAAUCAUUGUUCCAUAUUAAAAAAGUACGAUUUAUAUGCUUUUGCUCCAAAAACUCAAAAUGCUUUACAAUUUGUAUGUUCUCAAUUAAAUGUAGAUAUAAUAACAUUAAAAUCAAGUAAUAUAACUUUUAAGCUCAAUAAAAAACUAUAUGAUCAAGCAAUUGAAAGAGGGAUACAUUUUGAAAUUCAAUUUAUAGAUCUAUUAAAUCUUGAGUCUAGGAAGCAAAUUAUUCAUUAUUCUCAUCUUUUUCAUACUUAUGGAAGAAGUAAGAAUAUAAUAAUAUCAAGUGGCUCAAAUGAUAUUAGCAUGAUUAGAAAUCCUUAUGAUCUCAUAAAUUUAGCAUAUUUAUUGGGUUUAAAUGAAAUUCAAGCAAAAGCUUCAAUAUUAUAUCAAUGUAAAAAGCUUUUAUUACGAGCAGAAAGAAGACGCAGAGGAAAAGCUGUUUUUAUUAUUGAAAAUCAAAGGAUUUAAUUUUACUAAAUAAGAUUAAUUUUUAAAGAAUUAAUAUUUUUAUAAUUAUUUUUAUUAUUAAAUAAUUAUUUUUA